CAAACUCAACGGUUUUCGAGUCAGUCAUUUGAAAAUUGUGCUAUUGAUUGGUUCGCCGCAAAUUUAAAACGGACAAACACAUUUAAUUGCUUUCUUUGUGAAUUGUCAAGAAACGAAAUGUUGCAUUCGAUUUGAACGACAAUUUAAAACGGAUAUCAAUUUUGUAUUCACAUUUCAAAAUAAUAGAAUACGAUUUCAAUUUGUGAAUUUAAAGCUUUGAAAUGGCAACGGAACAGUCGAGACUUUUGAAAAAAUCAUUCGAUUAUUUAUCGAAUGCAUCGCUAACAGUCGAUCCAAAAUUGAGGGAAUGUAUUGUUGUGGUGCCCGCAGUGUAUGGUAGUAACGAUAGUUGCGACAAUAUCGAUGAGUUCGUAGGAUUUACACUUGAAGAACUGUACAUUUAUUUGGACGAUCCAUGGUGGAGACUAUUACGGCGUAGCAUUUUGAUAUCAUUAUGGAUUUUACUGUUUGCAAUUUUUGCAUCAGCUUGCAUCAUCUCAGUUGUUGAAUAUGACAUGCAACGAUGCACCAUAAGUAGUACUAUGAAGUCACCAAUAUUUUCCGCAAUCAAUCUUAUUAGUGCUGAUACAAUUUCAAGGACUAACUAUACAAUAUCAUCAACAAAUGCUUUGGCUUCAAACAGUUCUAUAGCAGCCGCUUAUAACAUCAACGCUUCGACGAUGCAAUGAUUGUGCGUGUGUGUGUGUGUGUGCCGAUAAACGCAGCACCGGUUUCAUUCAAGUGAUGGAAUGCAUUUUGUACCUCUCCCUCUCUUGCAAUCCGCCACAUUGAUACAGACCCGUUAUGAAUUCUUGAUCGAACCGAUCAAAUUCUCAAAAGAGAAAUUUAUCAACACUUUGGCGCCGCAGUGCUUCAAUUUUCCAUAGAAAUAAGUUCAUUAGUUAGGCUUAGAACAAUGUAAACAAUGAUCGCAUAAAGACACCCUGGAGCUGUCUAGAUCUCAAUGGACAGAUGUAACCAAUGUUAUAAGAGACAGAGUUAUUUUUUGUCACUGAAAUGUAGUUUUAUUUAUAAAUUAAAUUAAAUUUAAUAAAUCAAUUGAUAACCUAUUUUAAGCUAUUUUCAAAACAUUUUGCUAAUUAUAGACAUUAAUCGGGCAAAAAAUAAUUGGACAUAAAUGUAACUUUGUGUGUCUGAAUGGCACACAAUUUUGAUAAAAUGCACAUGUUAUUAAGUGCCAACUGAAAUCAUUAAUAGUUGUUUAUCAAUUCACUCUCUCUCAAUUACACUCU